UCUGCAUUGUCACAGCCCUGGAUCACCACUCUUAAAAGGCUACUGCAGCCACUCCUAGCACCAGUUGCUGACCAGCCUGCCCGCCUGCCUCCCUGCCUGMCUCUGGCUACCUUGAAUGCCUAGUUCUUCCAGCUCCUUGGGGGUCUGACGAAGCAGGGACCAUGUCUACCUUUGGCUACAGAAGAGGACUUAGUAAAUAUGAAUCCAUCGAUGAGGACGAACUCCUGGCCUCCCUGUCAGCUGAGGAGCUGAAGGAGCUGGAGAGGGAACUGGAAGAUAUUGAACCUGACCGCAACCUUCCGGUGGGGCUAAGGCAAAAGAGUCAGACUGAGAAAACGCCCACAGGGACUUUCAGCAGAGAGGCACUGUUGGCCUAUUGGGAAAAGGAGUCCCAAAAACUCCUGGAGAAGGAGAGGCUGGGGGAGUGUGGAAAGGUUGCAGAAGAAGACAAAGAAGAGAGUGAGGAAGAGCUAAUCUUCACAGAGAGUAACAGUGAGGUUUCUGAGGAGGUGUAUACAGAAGAGGAGGAGGAACAAGAGGAGUCCCAGGAGGAAGAGGAGGAAGACGAGAGCCAAGAGGAAGAGGAAAGAACCAUUGAAACCCCAAAAGGGAUCAACGGAACUGUGAACUACGAUGGUGUCAAUUCUGACCACUCUAAGCCAAAGACAUUUAAAAGUCAGAUAGAAAACAUCAAUUUGACCAAUGGCAACAGUGGGAGGAACACAGAGUCACCUGCAGCCAUUCACCCUUGCGGAAAUCCGACGGUUAUUGAGGAUGCUUUGGAAAAGAUUAGAAACAAUGACCCCGACACCACAGAAGUCAACCUGAACAACAUAGAGAACAUCACGUCGCAGACCCUCACCCGCUUUGCCGAGGCCCUUAAGGACAACACGGUGGUGAAGACGUUCAGCCUGGCCAACACGCACGCUGACGACAGCGCGGCCGUGGCCAUCGCGGACAUGCUCAAGGUCAACGAGCACAUCACCAACGUCAACGUGGAUUCCAACUUCAUCACGGGAAAGGGGAUCCUGGCCAUCAUGAGGGCUCUGCAGCACAACACGGUGCUCACGGAGCUGCGCUUCCACAACCAGAGGCAUAUCAUGGGCAGCCAGGUGGAGAUGGAGAUCGUCAAGCUGCUGAAGGAGAACACGACGCUGCUGAGGCUGGGAUACCACUUCGAGCUCCCAGGACCAAGAAUGAGCAUGACGAGCAUUUUAACGAGAAAUAUGGAUAAGCAAAGGCAAAAGCGGAUGCAGGAGCAAAAACAGCAAGAGGGAUAUGAUGGAGGAUCCAACCUUAGGACCAAAGUCUGGCAAAGAGGAACACCUGGCUCUUCACCUUAUGCAUCUCCCAGGCAAUCUCCCUGGUCAUCCCCCAAACUCCCCAAGAAAGUGCAGACUGUGCGGAGCCGACCUCCAUCUCCUGUGGCCACCCCCCCUCCUCCUCCACCUCUGCCUCCCCAGAAGCUGCCUCCGCCUCCCCCUCCACCCCCUCCUCCUCCACCCCCUCCUCCAGCUCCCCCUCUCCCAGAGAAAAAGAUCAUCACCAGAAACAUCGCAGAAGUCAUCAAACAACAGGAGAGUGCCCAGCGAGCACUGCAAAAUGGACAGAAAAAGAAAAAAGGAAAAAGGGUUAAGAAACAGCCAAACAAUAUCCUAAAGGAAAUAAAAAAUUCUCUGAGGUCCGUGCAAGAAAAGAAAAUGGAAGACAGUUCCCGACCUUCUACCCCACAGAGAUCAGCUCAUGAGAACCUCAUGGAAGCAAUUCGGGGAAGCAGCAUAAGACAGCUAAGGAGGGUGGAAGUUCCAGAAGCUCUGCGAUAAAAACAGUCUCUAGAAGAGUAUGCAGAACUGUUCAAUGGUGUUAAGUAAAAAUACAUCAUGGGAUGUUUUCAGUUGCCGCCUUUAAUUUGAAAUGUUCUCUGACUUUAAAAAUAGCUUCACCCAGAAAUUCCAAAGAGAAUUUAAAGGARCAAUCAGCAUGUUUCUUCUGUAAAUAUGAAAAUAAAGUUUUGGGUUUUUUUUUUAAUUUUCGUGGGAUUUGUGUGGACAAGAAGUGGUUAAAAAUGCUCUUCAUAUCUCUGGAUGUGUUGGUGACUUGGAGCUGUCAGGAGUUUAAGAAAUGUGCUAUUAUUUUUGUAAUCCAAAUAAAUUUGGAUCCAAGGGUUAUUUUUUUCUUUUUUUAAAAAAGUCAGACUAAUAUUUUUCUGUGAGUUGGUACAUUUGUCAGAUAUGUAUGUAACAUUGCUGAAUAUUAAAAAUAUUACAUU